AUGGCCCCUCCCCCGCGGGCUUGCGGCGACCGCGCCCUCUCCCAGGCGCGGCCCGGGCCCCCGGGGGCGGGCCGCGGCGAGCCCCCUUCCCGGCGCGGCCCCGGGCCCCGCGGGAGGCCCCAACGCAGCCCCGGCCCCUGCUGGUGGCAGCAGACGCGCCCCCCUCCCCGGCGCGGCCCCGGCCCCAAGGGCGGGCGGCGGACGCGCCCCCCUUUCCGGCGCGGCCCCGGCCCCCGCGGGCGGGCGGCGGUCGCGCCCCCCUCCCGGGCGCGGCCCCGGCCCCCGCGGGCGGGCGGCGGCCACGCCCCCCUCUCCGGCGCGGCCCCGGACUCGGCCCUCGCGGGCAGGGGGCGGCCGCGCCCCCCUCCCCGGCGCGGCCCCGGCCCCGGCCCCUGCCUCCGCGGGCGGGCGGCGGCCGCGCCCCCCUCCCCGGCGCGGCCCCGGCCCCGGCCCCGGCCUCCGCGGGCGGGCGGCGGCCGCGCCCCCCUCCCCGGCGCGGCCCCGGCCCCGGCCCCGGCCCCGGCCUCCGCGGGCGGGCGGCGGCCGCGCCCCCCUCCCCGGCGCGGCCCCGGCCCCGGCCCCGGCCCCGGCCUCCGCGGGCGGGCGGCGGCCGCGCCCCCCUCCCCGGCGCGGCCCCGGCCCCGGCCCCGGCCCCGGCCUCCGCGGGCGGGCGGCGGCCGCGCCCCCCUCCCCGACGCGUCCCCGGCCCCGGCCCCGGCCUCCGCGGGCGGGCGGCGGCCGUGCCCCCCUCCCCGGCGCGGCCCCGGCCCCGGCCCCGGCCUCCGCGGGCGGGCGGCGGCCGCGCCCCCCUCCCCGGCGCGGCCCCGGCCCCGGCCUCCGCGGGCGGGCGGCGGCCGCGCCCCCCUCCCCGGCGCGGCCCCGGCCCCGGCCCCGGCCUCCGCGGGCGGGCGGCGGCCGCGCCCCCCUCCCCGGCGCGGCCCCGGCCCCGGCCCCGGCCUCCGCGGGCGGGCGGCGGCCGCGCCCCCCUCCCCGGCGCGGCCCCGGCCCCGGCCCCGGCCUCCGCGGGCGGGCGGCGGCCGCGCCCCCCUCCUCGACGCGUCCCCGGCCCCGGCCUCCGCGGGCGGGCGGCGGCCGCGCCCCCCUCCCCGGCGCGGCCCCGGCCCCGGCCCCGGCCUCCGCGGGCGGGCGGCGGCCGCGCACCCCUCCCCGGCGCGGCCCCGGCCCCGGCCUCCGCGGGCGGGCGGCGGCCGCGCCCCCCUCCCCGGCGCGGCCCCGGCCCCGGCCCCGGCCUCCGCGGGCGGGCGGCGGCCGCGCCCCCCUCCCCGGCGCGGCCCCGGCCCCGGCCCCGGCCUCCGCGGGCGGGCGGCGGCCGCGCCCCCCUCCCCGGCGCGGCCCCGGCCCCGGUCCCGGCCUCCACGGGCGGGCGGCGGCCGCGCCCCCCUCCCCGGCGCGGCCCCGGCCCCGGCCUCCGCGGGCGGGCGGCGGCCGCGCCCCCCUCCCCGGCGCGGCCCCGGCCCCGGCCCCGGCCUCCGCGGGCGGGCGGCGGCCGCGCCCCCCUCCCCGGCGCGGCCCCGGCCUCCGCGGGCGGGCGGCGGCCGCGCCCCCCUCCCCGGCGCGGCCCCGGCCCCGGCCCCGGCCUCCGCGGGCGGGCGGCGGCCGCGCCCCCCUCCCCGGCGCGGCCCCGGCCCCGGCCCCGGCCUCCGCGGGCGGGCGGCGGCCGCGCCCCCCUCCCCGGCGCGGCCCCGGCCCCGGCCCCGGCCUCCGCGGGCGGGCGGCGGCCGCGCCCCCCUCCCCGGCGCGGCCCCGGCCUCCGCGGGCGGGCGGCGGCCGCGCCCCCCUCCCCGGCGCGGCCCCGGCCCCGGCCCCGGCCUCCGCGGGCGGGCGGCGGCCGCGCCCCCCUCCCCGGCGCGGCCCCGGCCCCGGCCCCGGCCCCGGCCUCCGCGGGCGGGCGGCGGCCGCGCCCCCCUCCCCGGCGCGGCCCCGGCCCCGGCCCCGGCCUCCGCGGGCGGGCGGCGGCCGCGCCCCCCUCCCCGGCGCGGCCCCGGCCCCGGCCCCGGCCUCCGCGGGCGGGCGGCGGCCGCGCCCCCCUCCCCGCCUGCGCGCCUCGCUGCCCAGCGUGCGCGCCCCGCCGCCCAGUCCGCAUGCCCCGCUGCCCAGCCCGCGCGUCCCGCUGCUUAG